AUGUCCGUCCGCGUGCCGGCGUCAGUAAGCGCCUUCCACAGCUACCGUCCGGCACUGCCGUCCUCGUCAACAUGUCGGUGUGCUUCAAUCACUACGAGAUCGGCCGUGCGGUCGUCAGCAUGGCCAGCAGCUCCUUCCUGUGGCCGCCGUGCGUUCUCGCAAACCUCGGCCCGCGCCGCCGACAUCAUCCGGCGCCCUCGUCGCCCGUAUCAAUUUACGCAGCUCGUCCAACUCUCCGACGGCUCGACAUACACGAUGCGGACAAGCUCGCCCCUCGCCAUGUACAAGUCGACAAAGGACACGCGCAACCACCUCACCUGGCAACCAAGCGACAGGUCGCUCAAGUCAGUCGAAGUCGACGAGGCUGGCAAGCUCGCUGCCUUCCGCGAGCGUUUCGGCCGCGCGUUUGAUCUUGAGGUCGAGCAGGAAGAGGAUCAGCAGCAGCAGCAGGGGUCAGGGACGGGAGCCAACACUGGCAGCAGCAAGACUGUCAAGCAAGCAUCCAACAGCGACGGUCUGGGUGAUCUCAUUGCAGGCUAUGCGAGACCAGAGGACACGCCCGCCAACACUGUGGACCGCAACAAGAAACCUGUGGGCAAGAAGAAGUAG